GUUUGUUUGACAAAAACUUGACUCAGUGAUGUCUGGAAUGAAGAAGCAAAGAGGAAACGCUAUUGGCAGAGCUGACAGACCCUCUGCAGGAAUUAUGGGUACUACUGCGAGUGCAGUGUCCCAGCCUGCCUUAGUAACGCCUACACACCACGUUGGUCACCAAAGUGGCUCCAUUUCUGAAGAUGAGAUCUCAACAAGGAGCAGCUCUCUGCAAGCACUGAAUAUUCCCAACAGCAGGGCCAAGUCUAUCAUCACCAACAAAGUGGCUCCUGUGGUUAUUACGUAUAACUGCAGGGAGGAGUUUCAGAUUCAUGACACGAUCCUAUCAGCCAACUACUCUGUGGGGAGAAUAUCUGAUACACUUCCUGAGCAUUACCUGGUGCUGGGGGAAUUUUUUAUGGUUCAAGAUGUGAACAAUAGAGUAGAUGUCUUAAACACUACAGGAAGUUAUGGGGCCCCUAACUUCCGCAAAGCCAAGGGAAACUACCCUCUAUUUGGCAUGGGCCAGCCCAGCCUGAAUGGCUUCAAACAGGUCCUGCAGAGGCUCGAGAGUGAGGCAUAUGAGGAAGUGAUUUUCUUCUGUGUGCGGAAAGAGCCAGUCGUCUUCCUGCAUCUGGAUAAAGAUUUUAUUCCGUACACUCCCAGGAGGAAAGAGAACCUCCAUGAGAACAUUCAUCACCUGAAACGAGUGAUCACAGCAGAAGAGCUGGAACUCUCCAUCAGAAAAGAGCUGUGUGACUUUGCUAAACUGAGUGACAACAGCUUCUAUUUUUAUAAUGACAUCGAAAACUUUAAAGAUGAGCCACAGCGUGUCAGAAUUGUGUCUGAGGAGGACAUACAUGUGACCGAGGAGGUUUACAAGAGACCACUAUUCGGUUUGCCCUCUCACAGAUAUUACAGGCUUCCACUUCCUAUGGACGGGGCACCCCUGGAGGAGGAUUUUGAUGCCUUUGUAAAUGUACUCAGGGAAAACCCGAGCCUCUCAGUGUUGCAUGAUGGCUCCAGACCUCUGCCUGCACUGCUUUUCAGUUGCCAGGUUGGAGUUGGACGAACCAACGUCGGCCUUAUCCUUGGUACAUUAGUAUUACAGCACCUUACUGGGACACAGGAUACCUCCAGGGAAGAGGAAGAGCAGGUAAAGCAGCAGCCAGAGUUUCAAGUGAUUCAGCAUUUGAUCAGUCAUCUUCCUAAAGGACGACAAGUGCUUGCUGAGGUCGACCGAGCAAUUGAAAUGUGUUCAGAAAUGCACAACAUCAAAGAUGCAAUAUAUGAAAAUAAAAGAAAAAUGGAAGGUAUUUGUGAGGAUUACCAGAUACAGGGAAGCAGCACUAAGGGCUAUUUCCUGCAAAGGACUUUACAGAGUCUUGAGUGUUAUUUCUUCUUGAUAGUGUUCAAUGCGUAUCUUCAUGAUCAGUAUUCCCAGAUGUUUGCCCAGACUUUUAGUCAGUGGCUUUGUAUGAAUGCAUGGAUCUACAGGCUGCUAGGCAGUAUGGAUCGGUCAGAUCUUUCAUCUCCAGCCAGCCUUGUCACUGAUGGAGCCAGGACACUGGUUGCCAGCGAGUAUUUGGCCCCAGACGUACUUGGUACAGUCAAGGAAAUGAAAGUGUCCAACUUCAGACGUGUCCUCAAAACAGCUGUGUACGGCAUGGCCCAGCCAAACUCUGAGGCCGUAUCUGCAGUGUUAUCGUACCUAACAGACGAACGACGGAAGCAUUCCACCAUGCUUUGGGUGAAUCUUCAGGAGGAGCAGAUGUUGGAAGGGAAUGGACAGAUGUUCACACCUAGAGAGUCUGGCUGUCUGCAGCAGCCAAUCCCAGUGUGUGUGCAAAGCCCACAAGAACUUGAGAAGCUGGAGUUGGCGAUUAAGGAGGACAUUCUCAGGAGCGAGAAGUGGCUUGAGGUUAUUCUCGAGCAAGAGAAACAAAUGAAAAUGCUGAAAAGCUGUCAGACUGUUUAUGAACUCUUUAGUCAGCAGAAGAACAUUCACCCAGGCCUCACAUAUCAGCGCAUCCCUCUCUCCGAAUGUUGUGCUCCAAAGGAAGAGUUUUUCGACCGGCUGCUGGAGGCCAUGAAGCACAGUCUUGCUGAAGACUCUGGCUCAGCGUUCAUCUUCAACUGCAGUGACGGCAAAGACCGAACAACUACUGCCAUGGUUAUUGCCACACUGACUCUCUGGCAUUUUAAUGGCUUUCCUGAGUUGGAGGAAGAGGAAAUCGUGAGUGUCCCAGAUGCAAAGUACACAAAGGGCGAGUUUGAGGUGGUGAUGCAGCUGGUCAGACUGCUACCUAAUGGAAACCACAUGAAAAGAGAAGUGGACACGGCCCUGGAUGUCGUCAGUGAAACCAUGACUCCUAUGCAUUACCACUUACGUGAGAUCAUUAUAUGCUCAUAUAAACAGAUCAAAACAGCUAAAUCAGAGGCUGAAUUGCAGCAGUUACGUUUGAGAAGUCUGCAGUACCUGGAGCGCUAUAUUUACCUCAUUCUAUUUAACACCUACCUUCACCUGGAGAAGAAAGACUCCUGGAGACGACCGUUCAGCCAGUGGAUGUAUCAGGUGGCAGCCAAAGCUGGCAUCUACACCAUCCUCAACCAGCUGGGUUUCCCUGAGUUUGAAUCCUCUAAGAAUUCUCCACUGGCCAGUCUGCGCUACCGCUGGCAACAACAUCAUUCUUAUUCACUACCCAUUCGUGGAGAGUUCAUCUGAGGGACUUUGGGAUUGGACAGUGGGCUGAUUUACUGUUUGGACCACUAUUUUUAUUUCUCACAUUUUACUUUUUUUUUUUUUUGUAAAUGUGUAAAAUGAAUCUCAUAAAAAUAAACCAAUAAACCUUCCUAUCUGUA